GCAAACUGGUACUAAAAACUGAAAAAAGUUGUAACUUUAUGGGUUCGCACGCGAGACUCCGAAGCCCAAAUCAGCAACCCAGAAGGAACCGGCCCAAGAUUUCCGUACAAUCCAACGGGAUCAGCCUGACACGGUCCGCGCCACUUUUUUGGGGUUGCUGCGCCUCCUCCUGACGCCCGCACCAACCAUCUGCCGAAGCCGACCGUUGGAAUGAACCCACAUCGUAUAACACCCACCAGCACGAGAAAAUUAAAAAGAAAACCCAAAUCUCCGGCAGCCACGCCCACGCCCACGCCCCUCCAUGACCGUUGCACAGUUCAAACCCCUCAAAACGCAGUAACGCACACUCCCACGUUCUCACUGGUCAAGAAAGCGAAAGGCAAAGCCGCGGUUAGGGACAGAGCACGCCGUGGGACAAUGGGCUGCAUCACCUCGAAGCUCCUCCCGCCGGGGCCCGGCGGCGACGCCAGGCGCGCCACGGUGCGCGGCCGCGUCGACCACGUCGUUUCCCUCACCUCCACCACCUACGGCGUCCUCGACCUCCACCCCAAGCGCGGCGUUGCCGCUGCCCACGAAGAGAAGGAGCAGCCGCCGCCACCGCAGCAGGACAAGCUGAUAAGCAGGGAGUGGAAGCGCGCCAGCACGCGGCCGCCGCCCCUCGUCGUGCCGAACGCCAAGAAGCCGGCGGUGGCGCCAGCGGCCAAGCCAGAGUCCGGCCUGGAGGUGAUCAACGCGUGGGAGAUCAUGGCCGGGCUGGAGGAUGCCGACGCCGCGGCCGGAUCGCCGGCGAAGAAGCCGUCCAAGCCGGGCCGGUGGUCGCCCGCCAGGGUCCUCGCAAUGGCCCUGCCGUCGCCCAAGAGGUCUGCGGCGAGGCGGAAGAACACGCCGGGGAAGGAGAACAGUCCGCUCCAGCGCUGCUCCGUGAAUAGCAACAAGCCCGCGCCCGGCGACGUCGACAACGACAGGGUGCUCCGGCCGUACAAUUCCAUCGAUAACUCCAAGCUUUCGAUGGCGUCCAAGAGAUUCUCCCCCUCGAGCGCUCGGAUUGUCAGGAAGCCUGGCCCCGCCGAGACCGGUGGCGGCAUGUCGUCGUCUCGGAGGAGCCUGAGCCCGCUGUUCGACCCGGAGCUCCUGGCGUCCAUCGAGCGCGAGCUCUCGGAGGAAGGCGCCCACAUCAAGCGGAUGGAGAAGCCCAAGCACCCGAAGGCGGCGCCGCCGGCGAUUGUUGCCGAGGGCAAGUGCCCGCCCGGCGGCGCCGACGCGGUCGUCCUCUACACCACCACGCUCCGCGGCAUCCGCAGGACCUUCGAGGAGUGUAACGCGGUGCGCGCGGCGAUCGAGGCCCACGACGUGAAGGUGAUCGAGCGGGACGUGUCCAUGGACUCGGGCUACCGGGAGGAGCUGCGGCUGCUGCUGGGCGGGCGGGAGGUGCGCGUCCCGGCAGUGUUCGUGCGGGGCAGGCACGUCGGCGGGGCUGCCGAGGUGGCGAAGCUGGAGGAGGAGGGCAAGCUGAAGGCGCUGCUCGAUGGCCUGCCUCGGGCGCGGGUGUGGUGCGCGGGCUGCGCCGGCGUGCGGUUCGUCAUGUGCCGCGACUGCAACGGCAGCCGCAAGGUGCUCGACGCCGAGCGCAAGGAGACGCUCAAGUGCGGCGAGUGCAACGAGAACGGCCUCGUCCGGUGUCCGAUCUGCUCGUGAUGGAGCGAAAUGGUGCGGUGGAGUUGGCGAUUGGUUGUAUGAAAGUUCUUGUGGGUUGCUGUGUUGCAUUGGGUUGAUCUACCUGUCUACCCGGCUGGUUUUGAUUUUGCUAUGCGACAUGCUUGUUGCACUCGGCAACAGCUGCCACUGUAAUAUGAACUGAUUCAUAUUGUUUCGUAUGUAAUUUAAUUCCCUAAUUUAUUAAUUAUCUCA